CCAGAGGGGACAUCACACCCGAGAACACACAACUGCUCUCUACUCCUCAGCCCCACUCCAGCCCAGACAACACCAUGACCGGCUCCUGCUGUGGAUCCUUCUCCUCCCAGAGCUGUGGAGGCUGCUGCCAGCCCUGCUGCUGCAGAGACCCCUGCUGCUGCCGCCCAGUGUCCUGCCAGACCACAGUGUGCCGCCCUGUGACCUGUGUGCCACACUGCACUAGGCCCAUCUGUGAGCCCUGCCGCCGCCCCAUCUGCUGUGACCCCUGCAGCCUGCAGCAGGGCUGCUGUCGCCCCAUCACCUGCUGCCCCACCUCCUGCACAGCUGUGGUCUGCAGACCCUGCUGCUGGGCCUCCACCUGCUGCCAGCCCAUCUCUGUGCAGGCUCCCUGCUGCAGGCCCCCCUGCUGCCAGCCUGCUCCCUGCCGCACCACCUGCAGGACCUCCCCCUGCAACACCUGCUGCUGUGGAAGAAGCCAUCAGAAUUCAGAAACUCAUCUCAACUACACAACUCUCAAACCAACCUCUGACACCAUGGCCUGCUGCGCUACCAGCUUCUGUGGCUUUCCCACAUGCUCCACCGGUGGCACCUGUGGCUCCAGCUGUUGCCAGCCCAGCUGCUCCCAAUCCAGCUGCUUCCAGCCCAGCUGCUCCCAGUCCAGCUGCUGCCAGCCCAGCUGUUGCCAGCCCAGCUGUUGCCAGCCCAGCUGCUGCCAGUCCAGCUGUUGUCAGUCCAGCUGUGGCACUGGCUGUGGCCAGGAAGUUGGCAGUGGAGGUGUGAGCUGCCGCGUUAGAUGGUGCCGCCCAGAUUGCCGCGUGGAGGGCACCUGCCUGCCCCCCUGCUGUGUGGUGAGCUCCACACCCCCAACCUGCUGCCAGUUGCACCAUGCCCAGGCCUCCUGCUGCCGCCCAUCCUACUGUGGACAGUCCUGCUGCCGCCCAGCCUGCUGCUGCUACUGCUGUCAGCCCAGCUGCUCUGAGCCCAGCUGUUGAAAACCUUCUAAGAAGAAUCUUAAGAGGAUGGCACUUCAAAAUGAACCAGCUAGAACCCUAGAGAUAC